AAAAAAAUAAAACAAAAGCAGGGUAAAAAAGGGGCGGGCCGCCCCGCCCACCACCCACGAAAGGAACGCGCCCAAUCUGGUCCUGCUGCUGCUGCUGCGGUGGUGGUUCCCGGCAGCCUCCAGGGCAGGGAGCCGCUACCGCCGACCCGGCCAGCGGCCGCUGCUGCCACCCGCCAACGCCACCGUCGGAGCCAGGGCCGCCCCCGCCAUGGCGGGCUCCAUGGUGGACCGGGCCACCAGCGACAUGCUCAUCGGCCCGGACUGGGCCAAGAACAUGGAGAUCUGCGACAUCUGCAACCGCGACCCCGGGCAAUCAAAAGAUGUUGUGAAGGCGCUAAAAAAACGAAUUGGGCACAAAAAUCCAAAAGUCCAACUCCUUGCUCUGACCCUGUUGGAAACUGUUAUCAAGAACUGUGGUGAUAUACUCCACAUGCAUGUUGCAGAGAGAGAUAUAUUGCAUGAGAUGGUGAAGAUUGUGAAGAAGAAGUCUGAUCCUCGUGUCAAAGAGAAGGUAUUGGUGCUAAUAGAUACAUGGCAGGAAGCUUUUGGGGGACCACGUGCAAGAUAUCCGCAAUACUAUGCGGUGUACCAUGAGUUGGUGCGAGCUGGAGCUGAAUUUCCCAAGAGAUCCGAGAAACCUGCACCUUUGUUUAAUGGUCAGUCUCAAGCAGCAAGGAAUAUGCGUAGUCCUGAUCAACAAGAUGAAGCUGAAUCUUCUGCUGCCAAUGACUUUCCUGCUUUGAGCAUGUCAGAGAUUCAGAAUGCUCGUGGUAUCAUGGAUGUGCUAGCAGAGAUGCUGAAUGCUUUAGACCCAGGAAACAGAGAGGGACUAAGGCAGGAGGUAAUUGUGGAGCUUGUGGAUCAAUGUCGCACUUACAAGCAGAGAGUGGUGCAGCUAGUUAAUACUUCCACGGACGAGGAACUUAUGUCGCAGGGGCUUGCACUGAAUGAUGAUUUGCAGCGUGUUCUUGCGAAGCAUGAUGCAAUAGCAGCAGGCAUUGCAGUUAGAGUGGAGAAAAAACCAAAAUCUCUGCAAGCACUUGUUGAUACUGAGGACUCUGCCAACCAGGACGCUAACAAAGACAAAGAAAAAGAAAAAGGACUCAUUGAUAUUGAGGACCCCACAAGCCAAGAUUCCAAAAAUGAGCCAAAUCAAAGUACAAGUGACCAAUCUCCUUUUGAGCAAUUAGCGCUUCCAGCGCCACCAGUGUCAAAUGGCACAGCAACCUCUGCACCAAAAUCUGAUCUUGGCAUUGAUCUUCUCAGCUGGGAUGAUACCCCUACUACAGCAGAAAAUCCGCUUGCACUUGUUCCAGUCACUGAUCCUCUUGCUGACUCUACUCCAUCAAAUCAAAAUGCACUAGCAAUUGUCGACACAUUUUCACAAAACAACACUGUUAACAGCAACGCUCAUCCAGCCGAUCCCUUUGGUCUCAGUUCAAACUCCACUAUUCCUGGAUCACAGCCAUACAAUACUCCAGCGCAGCAUCCUUUACAGUCACAACAGCCUCAGCAGGCAGCACCGCUCUAUCCAAACGGGGGUGCUGUGAAUGCUGGGACAUCUUACGAGCAGGCACCCCAGUUUAAUAACACGAGUUCUGGUUGGAAUGGUCAAGUUGCCAGUCCUUUGGCACCCCCACCACAGCAAGCACAGAGCUAUGAUGAUCAAAGUGGAUCCCUUCCACCACCUCCUUGGGAAGCUCAGUCAGCAGCAAGCAAUGAAUUGCCAAAUGGCCACUUGGGGGCAGGUAUGCAACCUCUACCGGCUCUGCCAGCAGGCCAGAUCGGCAGCAUGCAGCAACCACAGAUGAACCACAUUGGAGUCCCACAAAACCAGCCAAUGUACAACAACCAACAAGGAGUCACAUUGUCUCGAGCGAUGCAACCUGGCCAAGCUGCCGUAGCACAGAUGCAGCCAGGCUUCGGGAACCAGCAGUUUGGUUUGCUACCUCCAGCCUCUAUGCCAGGCAUGCAAUUCCCCGGCAUGCAACAUCCACAAAUGUAUGGCGGAUCGCAGCCAGCCAUGAUGCACCCACAACAGAUGCCAGGGGCACAGUACGGAGCAAUGGCUCAACAGCAACCCAUGUAUGGUGGCCGGUUGGCGGGGUACAUGCAGCAUCCCGCGGUGGCUGCUGCACACUACUACAACCAGGGAACGUCGGGAAUGUAUGGGUACCCUGGUGCGAACGACCUGUCUCAGAGGAUGUAUGGCCUCUCAGUGCAGGACAACUCGUACAUGGGGAUGAGCUCGUCCUACCAGACGGCACCCUCCCCUGCACCCUCCACGGGGCAACCUAUGCGGCCGACAAAGCCUGAAGACAAGCUUUUUGGGGACCUACUUAGCAUUGCCAAGACGAAGAAAGCUUCAUGAGAGAAUGAGCGAGAGCGCGGGCGGUCUAAUCUAUUGUCUCCCCUAUUUUUGCGAUUUUCUCAUGUUUGAUGAUCAUACACUUGUAACAUUAUUUGAAUGUAUAAGCUUUUGGUUUUUCUUUUCACGCUGUGAUCAUAUAUUGAUUCCAUUGGAUUCAUUAUACCAUGUGCACGUACCGUUCACGCUGAAGAGGAAGCGCUGGUAAAUGAUGAUGAUUCAAUAAAGAGGUGUGCAGUGCAGUA